GGACCGACCACCGUGAAGAGAUACUUAAAGACUCUAAAUCCCAGUAAAUGCCCAUCCCAAUUCACAAGAAAAAGACAAAAUGGCACACACCCUCAACUUCACCUGGACAUCAACCUUCCCUGGCCGCUGGGAACGAGACAUCGAUGAAGCCGAGCAAUUUUAUACCUCCCUAGCCAAAGCCUACGAAGGGACAGGCCGGACUUUCUUCGCCAUGACGGGCUUCAUCUCACUAUCUAUUCCCAUCCACGCAUCCACACCCAGAGACACAGCAGAGAAGAACCUCGAAUCAGCCCUUCAAAAAGCCUGGACGCAGCUGCGCUACGACCACCCCACAAUUGCCUCUCGUGUAGUGCACGACGAGCACCAGGGGAAAUGCAAAAAGGUCUACGAGACUUUCUCUCCAUCGUAUACACUCCAAGACUGGCUAGACGAGACAUUCGUUAUCGUUGAUGGCGGGAUUUCAGGGCUGGAAUGGUGUAACUCAGACCCUCCUGUUCCGGCCUUUCCAACACUAUUCUUCAUCAGAACUGGCCUUCCGGAUGGGAAGAUUGGGGGAGAUCUAGUCCUUCGCUCCCACCACGACAUCAUCGAUGGAAUGGGCACACUGCUCCUCUUCCAUAACCUCUUAGCCCAUGCAGCCCAAGCAUACCAAGACCAGGACACACCUGGAUCUCGAUACAAGCCUCCCCAGUUCGGCAACGAACAUAAAAACCUAAGUCCGCCCCUCCGCACCGCAGCCCAAAUCCCGCCAUCGCCAGAUCCAGCACAUAAGCAAAGGCUGGCCGACGUCCAGUCAUACAACACCAGUCUCCAGCAGCAAAACAUCGAACUCGCCAGUGUUCCAUUCAAAAGGCAAAAUCAUGGCCCGGGAAAGCACCAGCGCGUCGCAAUCACACUGUCACAGGAACAAUCGACACAGGUCCUCGCCGCCUGUCGCGGGUUAGGGCUCAGUAUUACACACGCAUACCACGCUUCUAUCCCACUCGUUGUGCGGGAUAUGCAGGAGAAAAGUGACAAGGAGCGCCAAGUGCGGUAUCUCAACUAUAGUCUUAUCAAUGAGCGGGGGAGCUGCGUUGAGCCGUAUAGCACUUCAUCUCAUCCGGCUUCGGUAUAUCAUUCUGUCUCGGGGAAGGGGUUGGCUGUGGAUUUAACUGUCCCAGCAGUAGGAGCAAGGACUGCCAUGGAUGAUUCUGAUUCUAAUUCUAAUUCCAACGGCAGAGAGAGGAAAGAGUACACAGAUGUCGCUUCUAUAAUCCGGACCUUCUACCUCGAUAUCCGCGAUGAUAAGGAUCAUAUCUUCCUCGUCCCGUCAUAUUGGAAAAUGGGAACGAUUCCGUACCCGGAUGAUGGGAAGACUCAGUCUGUCCCGGCCCGGAAUGAGACACCCUCUGUGUCUAUAUCCAGUCUUGGUGUUCUUGACAAGGUGAUUAGGCACAGGUAUGGGGAGCUUGAAGUUGAGGAUCCGUGGGUUACGGGUGAGGAAUUGGGGACUGGGCUGGGUCUAUUCUUGGGGACCUGGAAGGGCAGGGUCACUCUUAGUGCGGCGUAUAAUGAUGUCUGGCAUGGUAAAGAGGAUGUGUUGGGGUUUCUUAAUAGAUGUAAUGAGGUUACUCUUCGCGGGUUGGGUUUGAUCAAUUGAUUAGUACGCCCAGAUUAAUUCCAUCAUAGCCAUAUCCCCCUCAAUUCAAGCAUCAUAAAAGUAAGUACAUGAGUAAAUGGCUACCACUUCUCAGGCCCAAACUUCACACCCGUAACUUGCACCGCCGUGCCCGCAGCGUCCAUGGUAUCAGCGGCGAUGUUGGUCCCCCACCAACUGGGAAAUUCCGUUUUGGUCAGGUUGAGCGUGAGGAAAAUGAGGAUCGUGCACAGUGCCAAUCCAACGUCUAGCCCUGCCGAUAAAACAUAGUUGUACUGCAUCCACCACCCCCGCCAGCGGUCGCGAAUAUACUUGUUGAAAAUGAACCCUACAAUGCCCCAAGAAAGGUAGUUCAGUGGGGUAG